CUGGGUGGUUAACCAAGAAGUCGUGUGCACAGUCCUCUUUGUAAUCAUCUACUACGUGCCCGCGUGCUGCGUGACAGGCUCAGUUUGCACCCGGCUCUGUUGUCUCGAGGAUGCUAUAAAUCGCCACACAUCUCAUUUUUUCAACACAUUAACACAGUGACACAGCAUCUUCAGACGAAGACACGAGACAUCAACCGUAAAAAUGGACCCUUGCGACUGCUCCAAGACUGGAACCUGCAAAUGUGGAGGAUCCUGCACUUGCACAAACUGCUCCUGCACCACCUGCAAGAAGAGCUGCUGCCCAUGCUGCCCCUCCGGCUGCACCAAAUGCGCCUCUGGCUGCGUGUGCAAAGAGAAGACAUGCGACACCAGCUGCUGUCAGUGAGGAGCCUGUAACAUCAGCACUCUUCUGACCUUGUGAUGGAGCCAGUGUGAACGACUUGCAAUUGUUAAUUGAAGUUGCAAAUGUCUACAGAUAACAAUGGAUUUUGUACUUGUCCUCAAUGUUUAAAUAAACAAGUUUCCUUAAAGUGGAUGUGCUGUCUUGGUUUAG